AAGGCACAGGAGGAAACGGAGAGCUGUCUCACCGAUUCUUGCCAGCCAAGAACCUGACCAAAACUCUGACGAAGAGAGAGGAAUGCUGUUCUCCCACAACUGUUUGUGUUGUCAGCACGUCUUCCACUCCUAGAAAUCUGCAGGUGCUAUGGAGGAGAUAGGAAAUCUGAGGUUGCUAGACACACAUGGCUCCUACUCUUAACUGCUCAAUGCCUGGCAAAGUGGAAAGAACAAAAGUGAAAAUUUUUGACUUGUGAAGAGCUCUGAAAAACGCAAAUACGUGGUGCAAGCAUGGAAGAGAUUGCUCAAAUGUGAAAAGGGAAAAAAGCAGAGAUACGAAGAGGUGGGGCCUCUGUCCGACCAAGGAAAUGGCAAAGAACAGGCCCGCUCUGUCCAGGAAGUGAAAGAGCUCUUCAAAACAGCAACUAAAAUCAUGCAGUGACCUGGGAAACUGCAAAACUGUCUGGGCGCUGAGAAGCAUUGAAAGGUGUUGUCCAUGAAAGUUGCUAUUUGCUCUACACAUCCUUCUCUUGACAUCCUGCUAUAUCAGAUCAGCUGGAGGCCUCAUCAGCCCUGGGUCAGGCUUUGGAGGCAGUCUGCCACUGGAACACCCUUCAGCAGCACCUUUGCGUGGCAGUGAAAGGCGCCAGGUGGAGGAAUGGUGGUUUGAGCUGAUGCGUGUGGAUACUGUGCUGUUUCAGCCUCCAGCCCUUCUGCCUGGCACCAAGAAGAAAGGCUGCACCGAGCUGCUCAGCUGAAAUGUGCCCUGGUACUUCAGACAACACCCUGCCCCUCACACUGCUGAAGCAUUUGGACUUGUAGAAGAACAAAAUUAGUGAGGAGACUUGAAGAAACUGAACUAGUGAUGGUGAGUCCAACUUCAGAGCAGUAUGACAGUUUGCUCCGGCAAAUGUCAGAGAGAAUCGAUGAGGGAUGUGGGGAGACCAUCUAUGUUGUUGGUCAAGGAUCAGAUGGGACUGAAUACGGUCUGAGCGAGGCAGACAUGGAAGCGUCCUAUGCCACGUUGAAGAGCAUGGCGGAGCAGAUCGAGGCCGACGUCAUCCUCCUGCGGGAGCACCAGGAGGCAGGGGGCAAGGUGCGGGACUACCUGGUUCGGAAACGUGUGGGUGACAACGACUUCCUGGAGGUCAGGGUAGCAGUGGUUGGCAAUGUGGAUGCAGGAAAGAGCACGCUGCUGGGUGUCUUGACACAUGGCGAACUCGACAAUGGCCGAGGCUUUGCCCGGCAAAAGCUCUUCCGCCAUAAGCACGAGAUAGAGUCAGGCCGCACCAGCAGCGUGGGCAAUGACAUCCUGGGCUUCGACAGUGAGGGCAACGUGGUGAACAAGCCUGACAGCCACGGUGGCAGCUUGGAGUGGACAAAAAUCUGUGAGAAAUCCACCAAGGUCAUCACUUUUAUUGACCUGGCUGGUCAUGAAAAGUACCUGAAAACCACUGUCUUUGGCAUGACCGGCCAUUUACCUGACUUCUGCAUGCUUAUGGUUGGUAGUAAUGCCGGGAUUGUUGGAAUGACCAAGGAGCACUUGGGCCUUGCGCUUGCACUUAACGUUCCCGUCUUUGUUGUGGUGACCAAGAUCGACAUGUGUCCUGCCAACAUCCUGCAAGAAACCCUGAAGCUGUUACAGCGACUGCUGAAGUCCCCAGGGUGCAGGAAGAUCCCCGUGCUGGUUCAGAGCAAGGAUGAUGUCAUUGUAACAGCCUCCAACUUCAGCUCAGAGAGGAUGUGCCCGAUUUUCCAGAUUUCAAAUGUUACUGGGGAGAACCUAGAUUUGCUGAAGAUGUUUCUUAAUCUCUUGUCUCCACGGACCAGUUACAGGGAAGAAGAGCCAGCAGAAUUCCAGAUAGAUGACACUUACUCUGUCCCGGGUGUGGGAACAGUUGUGUCUGGGACAACACUGAGAGGCCUGAUCAAGCUAAACGACACCCUGCUGCUGGGGCCAGAUCCCCUUGGCAACUUCCUACCUAUUGCUGUCAAGUCCAUCCACCGCAAAAGAAUGCCUGUCAAAGAAGUGCGGGGAGGCCAGACUGCCUCCUUUGCUUUGAAGAAGAUCAAGCGUUCUUCCAUCCGGAAAGGCAUGGUAAUGGUGUCACCGCGCCUGAAUCCACAAGCAUCGUGGGAGUUUGAAGCAGAGAUUCUGGUCCUCCAUCACCCCACCACCAUCAGCCCACGAUACCAGGCCAUGGUGCAUUGUGGCAGCAUCCGUCAGACAGCCACGAUUCUCAGCAUGGACAAGGACUGCCUGCGGACAGGGGACAAAGCCACGGUGCACUUUCGCUUCAUCAAAACCCCGGAAUAUUUGCAUAUAGACCAGCGGCUGGUCUUCCGUGAGGGCCGCACCAAAGCUGUGGGUACCAUCACUAAGUUACUCCAGACCACCAAUAACUCACCAAUGAACUCCAAGCCACAGCAGAUCAAGAUGCAGUCAACCAAGAAGGGAGCAGUUACGAAACGAGAGGAUGGUGUUCCCCCAUCUGGGAUGGCAGCUGGGGGCCCACCACCGGGGGAUGAGGCCCCCUCAACAGCAGCAGCACCACCGACUCCUACUGCCCUGCAACCAUUGCCUGCUCUGGAUGAAGAGCCCCACAUCCGUGAGGGCAAUAAGUCAAAGGUCGGAGGAGGAGGCCGGCGACGUGGAGGUCAGCGCCAUAAAGUGAAGUCUCAGGGAGCCUGUGUGACUCCUGCCAGUGGCUGCUGAAUUUCUUACUCCUUCUCCCUCUGAGGAAUUCCUCCCUUUCCCUUCAUUUCUUAUCCAAAAGAUCCAGAGCAGCUUAAACCAAAACCCAUCCCAGCUGAUUGGCUGCAGAAGAAUCGUCCCUCCUCCCAGAAGGAAGCAACGGAGAGGAGCAUAAUUUAUAAGCUAAUGAAGGUGAUAAGACACACAGAACUGAGUAACUGACACCUUCCUCUUCCCCCUGUCAACACAUUUUUGUACAUCAUGGGCUUAGUUUUUAUUCUUAUUAGUUUUUAUUAUAUUUUGUGUGCAUGAAGAUGAGAGGAGAGUCUGGAUAGAACUGGGAAGAGCCAGUUAGCUGCCUCCCUCCUCCCUCACCCCAUUCUGUCCACAGGACUUGUUGCUCUCCUCCUAUGGGCCGUCUCAGAUCCAGGGGUUAUCAAACACUUGAAAUUUCAGACUUGCAAAGGUUAAAACAUGUUGCUUUGGGUGGCUGCGUAGGGCAUUGUUUCCUCACCACUGUGGCCCCAUGCCAAAUAUGUUUCUGGAUUCCUUCCAUCUUAAACUAUUUCUAAAUGGAUUUAAUGUUGUGGCAACUGAAGUUUGAAGGAGAUGAUAAGAAAAUUCAGUAGUUGGAGACCUAAGAAGGAAGCAAAUUGGAAAGCAGUUCUUGAUGUUAAGUUGUGGAAUCCUAUACUAAAUAUCCUUCUCAAAUAUGUUGAUAGCACUUAAAAUUUUAAAUAGAGACAGAAUUAAAUGGGCAGUCAUUUGCCCAUCACGUUCCCCUUCCAUUAUGCUGCUUUUCCUAUUGUCUGUUCAGUGCACAUCGGAGCAAAUCUAACCUGUCUCUCAAGGCAGUGGCAGCUCAAUUGACAGUAUUAAAAAUACAGUGCAGGAGCACUCACUCUGUCCCUUGAGCCAGAGGAAGCUGCCUUGCCUCGACAGGCAGAGAUCACAGGUGGGAAUAUACUUUUUGGAACAGAGACACCAGGCAAACUUGACCUCCCCUUGAUUUUGUUUACUCCAAGAUUUCCCAGAUCUUUUCUGGAACUCACUGGCCGAGCUUUGCCAUGGCAGAGGUAUGGUUUGUCUCCUCCCCUCUUGGCCAAAGAGGGCAAUGAUGAAUUGUUACCGAACUUAGAGAAGUGCUUUCAGGUUUGGAAGUACGUGGUAAUUUUUCUGCCUUUCAUUUGAUUUUUUUAAAGAUUGUAUUUUUUUUUAAUGAUAAUUUCUGAUUUCUCCAGGAAGGCCCUGCAAGGACGGUCUAUGAAUUAACAUUGUUAUCACGGUGGGGGUUUUGUUUGCUUUUUUUUUUUUAAACCCUGGGUUAUGCAAGUGAUCAAUCCUCUGCUUAUUUUGAUCUCUGUUCUUCUAACCCUGCCCCUUCCCUUGGCUCCUGUGAGGACAGGAGUUAUCUAUCUUCUGCCGGCUUGUGGUAGCAUUUUGAGGAGGACACGGCAUCCUCAGCAAACCGUUGCUCUCCCCAGCAUGUGCGGUCAGCCUCGGUUUCUUUGAGGGGUUCAUCCUCCAAUGAAGGACUCUUACAUUAAUUAGAGGGAGACUGAAAGGUUUCUGUCCCUCCUUAGCGAGUUGUUCCUGUUUCUCACUCUGUGGCACCCAUGUGAAGUUCAUUCCAGUGCACCUUGUGAUUCGAGGUAGGCUUUCAAGCCGACUGACUGACAGCAGACUCGGCGGGGUUGGAGCGCAUCUCCCCAUGCCGGCACCAGCAUCCAACAGCAUUAAGCGGCGUGGGAGAGGUGAGGAACGUGGUUUGGAGAUGGGGGUACUUUGCCUUAGAGCCUGCAAGGGCCUGAGUGUGGAUGGAAAGCAGGGGGAGAUCAGACGGUCCUUUCCAAGCUCCGUGCCUAAAUACCAGCACUCUCCUGGCGAGGGGGGAACUACAGGCGGCUACAACACUAAUAGCACCCGCAUUGUGAGGGGGUGUGAAGUGUGGCUAAGCAAAGCACCAGGGCCUGGUUCCUUGUGGCCCUGCAGCAGCAUCAAACUGCAUCUGAUGUCACUGCCCUCUGCUUCCCAGGGGAGCAGGGAGCUCUGGGUAGUGUUCUCUUUCUCCAUUCCUUGUGCUCCAAUCGAAGGAGACAGCCGAGACUGGAAGAGGGUUUACUUCAGUUUGUGCAAAGGAGGUGGUGUGAUCUCUCUUUUGUGACCAGCAUUCAAAGAUCACUCUGGCUGGUGUGAUCUAUAAAAUAAAUUUUAAAGAAAAGUUUGUUCCAAGUUAAA